AUGGCCAUGCUAGGAUCUGGUAGCCAAUUUGACGAUGCUAUCAAGAUGCUAUGGAGGGAUGACACAUCGUCGGCGGAAGAUGCUACAUGGUCACAUGUCACGGACCUACUCGAAGACCCGUGGCUUCGACGUGCUUGGAUAAUGCAAGAAGCCGUAGCUUCACGCAGCGUUAAGCUUGUCUGCGGCGGAUGCGCUGUCGAUUGGGACGACCUCUUCAGCCGGGCUCCGAAUGAUGAUCGCCAACAGGAAGCUGAAGACCUCAUUGAAUUUGCCGAUUUGCACCCAUCUGCAGACGUUCUUGGUGUUGAUCUUUCACCUAUCCAACCCACCUUUGUGCCACCGAAUUGCAGGUUUGAGGUCGAUGAUAUCAAUCAAGAGUGGAGUCACCCGGAUAACCACUUUGAUUUUGUUCAUAUCCGCGCCAUGAUGGGCUGCAUCCCCGACUGGACGGAGCUAUUCGAAAAGGCCUUCAAACAUACCCUGCCUGGCGGCUGGGUAGAGAGUGUUGAACUUUGGGGUGCCGCCAAGUGCGAUGAUGAUACCUUGAAGUCUGACUCGCCCCUAUACACAUGGAUAGACAUAUUCAAAAGCAUAGGGAGCCUGACUGGCAAGCCCUUCUUCUGGGAUGAUAAGAUGGCCGAAUCUAUCAAAAAAGCAGGCUUCAUUAAUCUCACGGGCCGGGUGAUCAAGGUUCCUAUUGGGACCUGGCCUAAAGAUAAAACGCUCAAGCAGUGGGGUGCCUAG